CAGUUAGCACACUUUUCGUUGCCUUUGCGUCUUGCACGUCCCGCUGCUCCUCUGUUGACCUUGUUUGCCUUCGUCGCUCCCUUCUUUCCACGUAAUAGAGUGAAAUAAGUAAUAACAAUUAAAAAUAAAAUUGAACUGAAAAAAAAUAACUUAUCGUAUUUCGUCUAUUCGUUGACCGUGAUCCGUGACCUCUAAGAGGUCGUUUCGUAGGUACUAUCUUCAGACCCACGGUUUUAAAAUAGAGCUCUACAGCAGACACUCGCGAGUCGCGGUUGCUCAAUUGAUAGCGGGACGUACUACUGUCAAUACGUUACCGUUCGUCGCCAAUUGCCAGGGCUGAACAUGAUCGACUAGUAACGUUAAUAUUUUAUACGUAUAUAUUUUAAACACCGUCCUCGUCUUGAGCACAAAAGCUCACAAUUUUAUAAGUUUUAGUUAGUUUGUACAAAGAACAACAUGGAGGAAGAUCAAAAGAGAUUCAUUGAACGGGGUUCACACAAAGGAAAAGGACUUGCUGUUUUCACCAGUGGUGGUGAUUCACAAGGUAUGAAUGCUGCUGUCCGUGCAGUUGUUCGUAUGGCUAUAUACCUUGGUUGCAAGGUGUUUUUCAUUAAAGAGGGUUAUCAAGGUAUGGUGGAUGGCGGGGAUAACAUAGAAGAAGCUAACUGGUCAUCGGUGUCAUCUAUAAUACAUAAGGGUGGUACUGUAAUUGGUUCAGCGCGAUGUAUGGAUUUCAAAGAACGUGUCGGGCGGCUAAAGGCUGCUUGCAACCUGGUAAAACGUGGAAUUACAAAUUUGGUAGUAAUUGGAGGUGAUGGUUCUCUCACAGGAGCCAACCUAUUUAGACAAGAAUGGUCUAGUCUUCUUGAUGAGCUAUUGCAGACUUCACAGAUUAAUAAGGCAGAACGUGAAAAAUAUAAACAGUUGAAUAUUGUCGGAAUGGUUGGUUCUAUUGAUAAUGAUUUUUGUGGUACUGAUAUGACAAUUGGUACGGAUUCCGCAUUACAUCGCAUCAUGGAUGCAAUUGAUGCUAUUGUGUCAACAGCCUAUUCACAUCAGAGAACAUUUAUUAUGGAAGUAAUGGGACGCCAUUGCGGGUACCUUGCACUUGUCACAGCCCUCACUAGUGAAGCUGACUACGUGUUUAUACCAGAGAUGCCACCACCACGUGAUUGGCCGACCAAACUUUGCACCAAAUUAGAGCAGGAACGGACGGCGGGCCAGCGUUUAAACAUCAUCAUCGUGUCCGAAGGUGCCAUCGACCGUGACGGACAGCCGAUCACUGCCGAGAUGGUGAAACAAGUGGUAGUCGACAACUUGAAACAGGACACGCGGAUUACGGUCUUGGGUCACGUCCAGAGAGGAGGCGCCCCAUCGGCUUUCGAUAGAGUUUUGGGGUGCAGAAUGGGAGCCGAAGCUGUAAUGGCCUUGAUGGAAGCUACACCGGAAACCGAGGCUUGUGUCGUGUCAUUGGAUGGAAACCAGGCGGUCCGUCUGCCACUUAUGGAAUGUGUUGAAAAGACUAAAGCCGUGGCCAAAGCGAUGGCGGACAAAGAAUGGGAAUUAGCCGUACAACUCAGAGGAAGGAGUUUUGCGAGAAACUUGGAAACAUACAAAAUGUUGACACGUUUGAAGCCACCGCGUUCGGCAUUCGAUGAAUUGGGACGUGGAUUGAGUCUAAAUCGACAAGACACACUGUGGGGUCAGGAAGGUUAUACUCUUGCUGUAAUGCACAUUGGAGCUCCUGCAUGUGGUAUGAAUUCUGCUGUACGUUCAUUUGUACGGAAUUGCAUCUACAGAGGAGACACUGUUUACGGCAUUCAUGACGGCGUGGAAGGUUUAGUUGCUGGAAAUAUUCAAGUAAUGCAAUGGUCUGACGUUACUGGAUGGGUCGGCCAAGGCGGUGCUAUGUUGGGAACAAAGCGUACUCUUCCAGAAAAAAGAAUGCCAGAAAUUGCUGCAAGGCUCAAAGAGUUCAACAUCCAAGCACUUUUGAUAAUUGGAGGCUUUGAGGCGUACCAAGCUGGAAUUCAGUUAGUUCAGAACCGUAACAAUUUCCCGGAAUUCUGCAUACCAAUGGUUAUAAUACCAUCAACCAUUAGUAACAACGUGCCUGGUACAGAAUUUUCGUUAGGUUGUGAUACCGCUCUAAAUGAAAUCACGGAGAUUUGUGAUAGAAUUAGACAGUCCGCUCAAGGUACUAAGCGACGUGUAUUUGUUAUUGAAACUAUGGGUGGUUACUGUGGAUAUUUAGCUACCGUUGCUGGUCUGGCUGGUGGUGCUGAUGCAGCUUAUAUAUACGAAGAGAAAUUUACCAUAAAAGAUCUGCAAAACGAUGUUUAUCAUAUGGCUUCAAAGAUGGCAGAAGGUGUUCAACGUGGUUUGAUAUUGAGGAAUGAAAAAUGUAGCGAGAAUUACAACACUGACUUUAUAUUCAGACUUUACACUGAAGAAGGGAAAGGAUUAUUCAGUACUCGUAUGAAUGUUUUAGGUCAUAUGCAACAAGGUGGUUCACCUACUCCAUUUGAUCGUAAUAUGGGUACAAAGCAAGCAGCAAAAUGUGUGGAAUGGUUAGUUGAAAAAUUGAGAGAAUCUACUAGACCAGAUGGAACAAUUUAUACAGAUAAUCCAGAUACAGCAGCAAUGAUGGGUGUAAUAAGACGGCAGUAUCGUUUUACACCUUUAACUGAUUUAUUGCCUCUUACCAAUUUUGAGCAGCGUAUAGCUAAGACUCAGUGGUGGUUGAAAUUGAGACCACUCUUACGCAUACUCGCUAAACACGAUAGUGCUUAUGAAGAGGAAGGUAUGUACAUAACAGUUGAGGAAGGACUUGAAGCGGAUACACUGUUGGCUUAAAUAAACACUUUACUGAUUGUAUGUUUUACUGAAACUCUGUUAUUUUUAUCCGAAGAGUGUGCAAAUAUAUUAUUAAUAAUAAUGACUAGGUACAUUUAAAUUGAAAAAAAAAAUUCACCUAAUUAAUAAUUAUUAUAGUUUAUACAUUAGUAAACACUCUAGUCAUAAAGUGUAAAGUAGAUAAUACUUAUAUCCUCGACAAAUUAUUUACCAAUAUUGAAACUAUUAUAAUAACGUUUGUUAACUACGUUUAGACUGUUUUUUAAAUAAUUGUGUUUACCAGUACAAUACUGUCUAGUUUAUUGUUUGAACGAGAUUAAAAAUAUUAAAAAAAUGUAUUUAAUGUGACCAAUUAAUUUGUUGUUAAAGUAACUAAUCAUUUUCCAAAUAUUUCUUAUUAUAUACAUUUGUAUAUCUGACAUCUACUACUUAACAUAAAAUAAGUGUUAGCUAUUUUAGACUAGGAAUUUUUUUUAUUGUUUAAAUGAAACCAUAUCAAUUUGAAAAUUCAAGUUUUAAAUAAAAAUAUUAUUCAAUAGUUUGAAAUUGAGGGAGAACUCAAUUAAUAACCAUAAUAAAAAUUAUACAGUCAAUGCAAACCAAAUGUGGUUUCAAAUUUCUUCCAUUGUCCUUCAACUAUCCUUCCAAUAGAACAAUAAGUUAUAAACUGUUGAAUAAUAAUGUGUACGAAACUAUACACCAAAAAUAAUGAUUGUACAAAUUUGUAUUGUUAUUAAAACUUAAUAAGUUAUACUUAUACAUUGUGUGUAGUUAGAAAAUAAUUGUUGACAAAUACUAUUAACUGUAGUGUAUUAUACUGUUGUUUAUUAUAAAUUAAAAAUUGUGUAUGUUCAAUACAUAUAAUAUAAUAUAGUAUCACUUGAAAAUUUGAUUUAUGAGAGAAAUAAUAAAUAUUAAUUUUAAAUGUUA